AUGGCAUUCAGCAAAUUCACUAAUGAAGAAUCCAAUCCAUUGCUUAUUGAUAUUGAAGAUGAAGACAAUAAAGGAAACGAAACAGUACAACCUCGUAUUAGAAGAGAAGGACAAAAGAAAUGUGUGGAGCAACGUGUUAAUCGCACACCAGAUAAUUCAAUGCAAAGGGAUCUUAAAGUUGUAGUUUUGAGCUUAGAUUCAAGUUUGAUUGAAAGUGUUGACAUGACAGAAGAUAAUGGAAUACAUAGGGAAAAUGAAUUGAGAACAAAAAGAUGGUUUGAUAGAUGUAACAUAAAAGGAAAAGAUAAUGUUACUGUCAAAAAGCUUAAUGAAGACGAAGACUCUGAUUUUGAAGAUGCUAAACCUGUGCUUACAAGGAAAAAGAGAAUGCAUUAUACUUCUUUCAAAAAUGAUGACAAAGAAAAUGUGAAGAAAUUUAAAAGACAAAAGAAUAAAGAAGGAAAUGUAGUGAAAGCAAGGAAAAUGCCUAAAGUUGUAGGAAAUGAUGCAGAAAAAGCAAGGCGAAUACAAGUACGGACAUCUCCAAAUGUUUUGUACAGUUAUAUGCAUAACCUUAGCAAGGAACAGGAAGCAUAUAUUUCUUAUAUUGGUCUGGGGCAUUUGUUGAAUAUGAAAGUGGAAUUAUGGGGCAUUAUACUGUAA